AUGGAAAUGGCCAGCGGCGAUUCGAGGGGAAGAGAAGGUGGAUUGGGUUGGCUGAGGGAUCGCUUUCCAAAGGGUUCCACCGACCGAAAGUUCCCCUUCGCGAAAAGUCAGACGAAACACCCUAAGGGAAAGCAAGCGAAAACUUCAAAUGUCAGUGUCUUCUCUUUCAACCUCGAAUCCACCCCCUCAAAUAAGGUAAUGAAGAUUACCUUCGAGCUGAUGAACACCGUCUUCCAGAGUCGUUUCGAAAGGCGGUUCAUCGAUGUGAUUAAGAGCUGAGGUGAGAGUCACGGCCUCACCGCCGUUUCACGUCGCGAAGUUUAAGAGUGCGCGGUCCGAUCCGCCACUUGAGUUGACUUUUCCGGAAUUUUAAUUUAAUACGUAAUCUGUGGCGUGAAGUAAUUGUUGUUCCUCUUCCUCCGCUUACCGUAACUCCAACUAACGGUUCAUUCAGGCUGUUCGUGCCGGAAGACUUGGUCUCCAGAUGAGGUCUCCACUUUCGAAGUUCAUCUUGUUCAGUGCCAUUUCUGGUAAGUUUCUUUGAGUCACUGAGUUAAUGAUGACUUUAACUCCUUAACACUCACGAUUUCUCCAGGUCUUUGUGCGCAAUAUUAUGUAGUUAACUACCCAGAACAACAACAAUAUUACUAUCAGCAACAGAAUUAUCAGCAAUUAUAUCGACCACAGCCUGCCUAUCAACAACAAUUAGUACAGCAACCACAGUUCCAGCAACAGGUUUACCAGCAACCAUCGCAACAAGUAUAUCAGCCGGUGGCACAACCCCAGCCACCUCCCGUCCAAUACAUACCUCAGCAACAGUAUCAACAACUCCCUCCACCCCCCUCCCAGCAAUAUCAACAAGCACAACCCCAACCAGUACAACAGUACCAGCAGCCCCAACCAACGACAUAUCAGCAAAUACCGCAAGCUGCCCCUCAACCCGUCAGACCCCAGCCUCAACGACCUCAAGUCUCCAACGUUCAAGAAAAAAUUACCCCUCCUGAGUUGGAGAAGGCAGUCAAGGUGGUUUCAGCGAACACUUAUGAGUUCGACCUCCCACCUCCACCUCCAAGCCGCUUCCUACCUGAUGAAGAACGAGCUAAGAUCCUCCAGAACACAAAACAAGUAGACCAGGCCAAACAAACUCGACCUAAACGACCACAACAUCGGAUUGUGGCGACGAGUGAAGGCCGAACUCAUCGAACCGGGCAUCAAGAACAACACCGACCCGCCUCCACUACUUCAACACCAGCCCCUACUACAACUACUGCGACCCUAACAACGACAGUAGCAUCAGAAGUAAACGACCACGUGUCCCAUCUGUCACCUACUAAGAAGAACGUAAGUUCCAGAAGAAACGAUGAACAGCACAUUCAGCCUAACAAAUACUUCCUUCAAUGUUGUAAGGAAAAAAAGGUGGCCAAGUCGUGUGAAUCAAGGUGUAACUUUGACAACAUCAAUAAGAAAAUUGUAGGUUUGCUUAAAAUUUGUAAACUAACAAUUAACCUAUCUAUAACCACUCUUGCAGUUGACAGCCAUGUUUUUGGGAUCUGAUCCUUGUCCGCAACGUUAUGGCUUGGACCUGUUUGCUUGCGCAGCGCAGGACUCCGACCACACUCCAUGCUGUCGUAUCAAGAAUGUCCAGAGAACAUCAGCAGGGGAGAAAUGCCUCGCUUUCUGCAAUCUGAGGCCGGACUCCCACUUCCAAGCUGAUGCCAGUUAUCUCCCUUGCUGGGCUGUAUUAAAUGACGUGAAGACCUGCUUUAAAGACGCCAUAAUAUCAGGAGAAAUCAUCCAGUAG